AUGGCAAUCCAGUUCCGCUCACUCUUCCCCUUGGCGCUGCCUGGAAUGCUAGCACUCCUUGGCUGGUGGUGGUUUUUCUCUCGUAAAAAAGAGCGACUCAACAGCAAUGAUAAGCAGGCCAAGGCACUGAUGGCCAGCCCUGCCAUCAAGGACCCAAUCCCCAAGGAAGAGGCCUGUCCUGGAGUUGUGUCCUUCCCCUCCAGUGUCACACAGCUACCAGAAAAGGAAGAACUUUCUGUGGGCAAGCCUUCUACGGAGCCCCCAGCCUUGCCAUGGAUGCGGCAGGUUUGCCAUAGAUCAGAGUCUUCAGGCAGCCUCUCCAUCAUUACAGACACAGGGUUGCAGCCAGGACCAUGCAGAGAUGACAGCACGAAAGUGGAACUUAGCCUGAUGGGGGAUGAGGCCAAAUGUAUUCCUCUUGAGUGUCCCCUUCCCCCAAAGGAUGUGCCAUCCCCCCAUGAAGCAGUUGAAAUGUAUAAGCAAGAGUCUGCUUUGGGCAAGAUGCCCAGGGGGCGCUGGCCUGGCCAGUCUGCAGUCCCUGGAGAGAAAGCAAGAGAGACAGGUGGGGCAGAGGGGACUGGAGAUGCAGUGCUGGGAGAAAAUGUACCUGAAGAAGCUCUCUUAUCCCUGGAGAAUGUCUCAGAAGUGGAGAAAAACAAGGCCCCAAGCUCAGCCCCUGUAGGAGGUGGGGGAGAGACAGGGAAUACUGGCCCCUCGCAGGUGGCCAAGCCUGCAAAGAAGGAAGAGUAUGACGCUGGGAAACUGCCAAGUGGCUUUGUUGAAGUGGUGCACCCAGAGCUGGUUAAGGAUGAGGAUACGUUGGUACCCCAGGUCAGAGGUAGUGAUGCCUGGGUUAGAGACCCGGCUAGGGAACUGGGCAAAGAGGAGACCUUGCCUGAAAAUGAGCAGAUUGAGCAGGCUGCUUUCCAGAUCAUCUCCCAGGUGAUCUUGGAAGCGACUGAAGAGGUGCUGGCCACCACGAUGGGUAAGUCUGCGGCGCAGGUGCAUCCAACCUCAGGCAUUCAGCCUCAAGGGCAGGAGAAGAGCUGUGUCCCAGCCAGCCAGAAAAUUGUCCUGGGGCAAGAUACCACAGAGCUUGCUUCAAGCACAGCAGGGCCAGAUGCCAGCCUACCAGAAGCCCUGCCACCAAAGACCUACAUCAGCUGCUUUAGCAGUCCUCUGUCAAGCCCCACCAAGGAUGAGAAGCCAAAGAACUCCGCAUACCCCAUUUCCCUAGCCCCCUGCCUACCACCAGCCACCUCCGCAAGAGAGUCACUGGAAGGGGCAAGUGUCCUGGGAAAUGACUCCUUUGUCACCUGUAUUUCCGAUACUAGCCAGAAUGUCCCUUCAGUGGCCUCCUCAGGGCAGUGUUCAGAUUCUGUCAGCACUUCUGGGCUUGAAGACUCUUGCAUAGAGACCAUCUCAAUCCCCAGGGAUAAAGCCAUCACACCACCUCUGCCAGACAGUACUGGACCCUUCAGCAAUGGGGUGCUGAAGGAGGAGUUGUCAGACUUGGGGGCUGAGGAUGGAUGGACCGUGGAUGCGGAAGCAGAUCACUCAGGAGGUAGGAAGG